AUGAUUUUCCAAUUGAAGGUAACAGUAUGUCUGAUCGAACUGACGGCGGCGGCAGUGACCGACGAGGACGUGGCUUUUCUGGCCUGGGGCCUGGCAACUCUUCAAUCGAUAACGCCGAUCGUCAUCCAAAUUUUCAUCGAACGCAAAAUUGUCAGUCAAUCUGAUUUUCGGUAUUGAAGUUCUCGGAAUUAAGCUGACUGAAAUGAUCGCGUUCGGCUACUUUGAAAUCGCCUACUUCACAGUCGGGAUUCUGACGUUUCUACGGGUCAUCAUCUACUUUGUGGUUGCCAGCAGCAAGGUGGCCAAUUUCUCAUAGUUUAUUAAAAUUAUUCGAAAAAACCAAUACAUUACUGCAAAAAAGUUAAUAUUAAAACUGACUUGAAACGUAUUCCUUGAGGGUUUUCUCAAGAUUUUGAACAAAAUGUGCAAAAAGAGAUUUUGACAUUUAUGCCGUGUUCAAAGUGAUUCCGCGAAAUUCAAAAUAGCCGCCAGAGAAAGAGAAAGAUAACUGAAUUUUGGAGGGUCAGAGACCAUUUCGCAUUUCGCGGAAAUUACUUUGAACACGGCAUUAUGAAGCUUAUUUUGUUUUUAUCUAGCGGGGUUUAACGUCUCUUUGACGAUUGGCUCGGGCCUGAAACUCCCAACUUGAAAUAUUUCAACCGGGUCUUCGAACGAUUAUUGGAAAAAAUGGUGCAAAAACGCCUUGUUGCUUUUUUGUAGCCUUUGUAGGUUUUCUAAACGCCUCUAAGCGACUUUUUUCUUAACUCGAAGAGUUUGAGAUAUCUUUGACGAUUGGCUCAAACCUGAAACCACCGACUUGGAGUGAAAAUCGAAAUGAAAAAGUGUGCAAAGAGAAAUGAUCUAUUUCUGUAGGAUUUUUUUUAUGUAAAGUGGUUUUUAACGUUACUUUGGCCAUUAGGUCGCAUAAAGUCCAUUAGUUUGCUUCUAUUCGAAUAUUUUGAGCUUCUCUGAAAAUAAAUUCCGCCAGCCAACUUUUUUUCCGAGGGUAUCGAUGAGAUGCCGAAAAAAUGAAAAACUGAGAAUCCAGGUUGCUUUUUUGAGCUAUUACUUUUAUCACAACAAUUUCACAAGUCUCUAAAACUUUAGUUCAGGUUUUGACACGCUCCGCCCCUUUUGAGGAUGAUUAUAGCCCAAAUAAGAAAAAUAAAACCUAAUUUUUUGUUCGUAGUCCUAAUGGAAUGUAGCGUGAUUUAAAUGAAAGAUAAUACUAAUAUGAAAACGUUUUGUGUCGAUUUAAAAGUGACUAUACUGAAAAAGGAAUUUCAAGGUCGGUCUCCCGGUGAACUUCAUCCACCACUACAUGCACCUCGACUAUUCCUUCAUGCACGAACAUCUCGAAACGAUUACUGUUUCAAACCUAUUUCGGGACGUCGGUUCGUCGAAAAGAACCUUUUUGAUGAAAAGUGACAACAAAUUUCAGCUUUCCUCGUCAUUUUAAUAUUCUACGAGGUGGUCACCAUUUAUCACUUCACCUAUGUGACUCUUCAGGUAAACUCACAAUUUAUGAAAAACAGAUGAACUUGACGAAAUGAGUCAAUGAUGAGGCUUUUGGAUACAUUUUUUUCAAAACUGGCCUUUUUUGGGAUUGUUUUUACCUUUUCUCCAGAAGAAGAGGUUGAAAAUAAACGUUUUAGCCAAAUAAAAAGAAUAAGAGAUACUUCAAAGGCUGUUUUUGAAACAAAUGGUAUCAUUAUCACUUCUCAGACCUACGUAACGGGAACCGGACGCGCUCCGGACGUUUCUGAGAAUCUCUAGGGAACACUUGAGAGUUCUGUCGCUACUAAAGUGGUCCCUAGAAAUGCCUCGACAAGUCCGAUUCGCGCCUGUGUCUAGUUACCACGAUCCGAGUUCAUAUCAUUGAAAUUCAAAAUUUAUUUUAGCUACUGUUUUUUGGUCUUGUGAACAUAUCUAUGGUACCAUAUUUAGGAAACUUUUCAAAUUCAAAAAAAAAACUUGUUCUUAUUUUAGCAAAAUUUUCUUCUUGAUACACUUUUUCUCUAAAUUGUCUCAAGACGGGAAUAAUCUAUUUCCCAGUAAAAUUAUAAAUUUAGUGCAUCCGAUACAAAGACGCGCGUCAACGAAGAAGCGUUUCACAGCGGCGGCACGAGAACGAUUGUUCCGGAAGUUUCUGGAGCCAAGACGGCAGUAAUUUGUGCAUUUUGGACAUUCCGUCACUUCAGACCUCAGCAUCGAGAUGUUAGCUGAUGAGGAAUAAUGGAAUGAGCCUCAAAAAAUCUUUAAAAAUCAGCGGUUCUCCGAAAUUAUUUUUUGAAUGAAGCUUUUUUUAAAUUCCAGUUAUACUUCUUUUUUAAGCAAGAAAUGCGGGUCUGUGGGCCUACAAUCAUCCGAACCUGAUCAUUCCGAACCAAAUCCGAACCAAGUGUUCAUCCGAACCUAAUCAUUCCGAACCAAUGGAGUAUUCAUUCCGAACCAAUUGA